AUGUUAGGUCACGAGGAAAAAGGAAAACGAUUUCAAGAGCUGCACUUAAGCAUCUAGAAUUUUCUGCGUCACACCUCUUGAGAAGAGACUGGCUCCAGGUCUGACUCAGUCCACUACAAGCUAGACUCUCUUCUUAAAGCACCAACAUUACUUGAGUCUUUGGAUAAAACUGAGAAAAGAGUCUACAAGUAUUGUGAACUCUACAGGAGGCAGGAGGCUGACAACUGGCAGUAAAGACAAAGAUGUCAGGCCUGAGGCCCAGCACUCAAGUGGACCCUGAGAUUGAGCUUUUUGUAAAGUGUCUGCUCCCAGUUCAACUUCUGCUAUGAGCAAAAUUUCCCUGAGGCCUCCCCAGAAGCUGAGCAGAUGCUGGUGCCAUGUUUGUACAGCCUGCAGAACUGCUGGAAGUGACGGAGAGAGUAUUGGAAACUGUCCCUUUUGCCAACGCCUUUUCAUGAUCCUCUGGCUUAAAGGAGUUAAAUUUAAUGUGACAACUGUUGACAUGACCAGAAAGCCUGAAGAACUGAAGGACUUAGCCCCAGGUACCAAUCCUCCGUUCCUGGUGUAUAACAAGGAGUUGAAAACAGACUUCAUUAAAAUUGAGGAGUUUCUAGAACAAACCCUGGCUCCUCCAAGGUACCCUCACCUGAGUCCCAAGUACAAGGAGUCUUUUGAUGUGGGCUGUAACCUCUUUGCCAAGUUUUCUGCAUACAUUAAGAAUACACAAAAGGAGGCAAAUAAGAAUUUUGAAAAAUCUCUGCUCAAAGAAUUCAAGCGUCUGGAUGACUAUUUAAACACCCCACUUCUGGAUGAAAUUGAUCCAGACAGUGCUGAGGAACCCACAGUUUCCAGAAGACUAUUCUUGGAUGGGGACCAGCUAACACUGGCUGAUUGUAGCUUGUUACCCAAGCUGAACAUUAUUAAAGUUGCUGCCAAGAAAUAUCGUGACUUUGACAUUCCAGCAGAAUUCUCAGGAGUCUGGCGUUAUCUCCACAAUGCCUAUGCCCGUGAAGAAUUUACCCACACGUGUCCUGAAGACAAAGAAAUUGAAAAUACUUACGCGAAUGUGGCUAAACAGAAGAGUUAGGAGAGCUCUUACAGGAGAAAAGGCUAUAUUUGUGAUCAGAUUUUACUUAUUGACAUAUUGGAAAGGUUUUUGCAAAUAAGAAUAUGAAAAAUACUGUUUCUUCUAUCCAACACUCUUGUGAAAAGGACCUCUGUAUUUUCUGUUAGCCAUAAACAAUCUGUCCACUGUAUUUUACAGGUCUUCAUACUUUUACUUAAUUUUCUUUAUUUGUAUGGCAAACCACUGCAAUCCUGAACGACAUGGAAAGCAUCACGAUCUUUUGUCCUUUGCUUGAAUUCCUGCAAUGCAUACAUAUAAGCUAAACAGAUGUCUGCAGUUAUAAAUGUCAUAAGUAGAGGUACAAUCUCACCCUGCUCCUUAGAAACAUUUCCAUAUAAAUCGCUAAAAUAAUUUCACAUUUUUGUUAGUUUAAUAUAUACAUGAGUUUAUUUCUGAUAUAAAUAAUAAAUUCAGAGUGAGCAUAUCAGAGAGGCAAAUUCUUAAAGAAUGAUUUUUAAAAUCAGCUCUAGAAAGAGAUCAAGAUCAAUUGGUCAUAGAACAGCAUUUGACGCCUAGAACUAUGACCACCUCAUGGUCAGAGAUGAGAAUGUAGCCUUUGUGACCAGAUUAUAUUAUUUUUAAAUGAAGAAGCACUCAUUAAAUAAAAUAUAAUUAAAAAAAAAGAUAAGAAACAAAGUCAACUGAAUCUUUUAUUCAUAGAAAUGAAAAGGAAAAUAAAAAAUGUGGCUGACCAAAAGGUCUUGUCCUUAUCCAUAAAAGGAUGAGGUAAACAGUCGUUAGAUAAUUACAAAACUUUCUACAAAAGUUAAAAUGUUACAUUACUGUACGUAUUCAGAUUCACUUGUUAAAGUACUCUUAAAUCAUUCAAAUCUGUAAACAAAAGCUGAACUUAACUCUUGCUCCCUCAAAGGAGAAACACAAGCAUAAGUGCAGUUUCAAAAAAGGAAAAUAUCUUAGGCUUUGGUGGAAGGGUGGAGUUUAGAUAAAAUUUAAAUGAAGUAGCGUUUUAAUAGGUUCAAAGAAAAGUAAGGCAACGAGCAAACUCAAAGUACUGUCCUUGAAAACCAUAGAGUCAAGAUAAAUGUAUAGUGUACGGUUAGGUGGCAGAGAAAUGCAAUCAUGUUGAUAAUCUUUGAGGUAGAUUCUCUCAUCAGUAUAUUUCAGAGUACAUGCAAUGCACUAGCAAGUUACAACUGAUUGAUAGAAUACAUUUGAAAUGUAAAAUGAAAUAAGCCAGGCACAGAAAGACAAACACCACAUGAUCUCACUCAUAAGUAGAGGGUAGAAUCGUGGUUACCAGGGGCUGGGGAGAGAAAGAAGGCAGAGGCACUGAAAGAUGUUGGUCAAUGGGUAUAAAGUUACACCUAGGAAGAAUAAAUUUUGGUAUUCACCACAGUAGGGUGACUAUAGCAAAUAAUAAUGUUUGCAUGUAUUUCAAGAUAGCUAGAAAAGCAGAUUUUAAAUGUCACCACAAAGAAAUAGCAAAUGUUUAUAGUGAUGGAUAUGGUAAUUACGCUUAUUUGAUCAUUAUACUGUAUCCCAUAUAUAUGUACAAUUAUGUGCCCAUUAUACAUUUAAAAAAUAAAUUUUAAAAACCUUCA